AAAAGAGGAACGCUGAGGUUGGGGCGGCAGGAACGGGCAGGAAAGAGAGAGGGAAGAAUUAAUCAAGAGGCGUGCUGAAAGAAGGUAGAUGUACGUCCUUCCUCUAAGAAGAAAUUGGAAAGGAAGACUGGACAGGUUUCCAGGAUGGGACAGUGGCUGUAAAGGAGGACACCGCAUGCGGUGCUAUGACUGCGGUGGAGGCCCCAGCAACUCCUGCAAGCAGACGGUGAUCACCUGUGGUGAAGGAGAGCGCUGCGGCUUCCUGGACCGCAAACCUCAACCCGGCUCGGAACAAGCCAAGCAACCCUCCACAACCUUGAGCCAUCACUACCCAGCCUGUGUGGCCACACAUCACUGCAAUCAAGUGGCCAUAGAGUCAGUGGGAGACGUGACUUUCACAACCCAGAAAAACUGCUGCUUCGGAGAUCUGUGCAACAGCGCCGUGGCAAGCUCUGUGUCCCCGUUGUACAUCUUAGCAGCAGUCAUUGCCACCCUGGCCUGGCUCUUGCCAGGCCUGUAGAGCUGGGAGGUGGGACUGAGGGCAGGGAAGGGACUGAGGGACCAAGGGACUGAGGGAGCUGGACAACCAAGGUCAGAAUACAAGCACUUGGGCUGGCGAGAUGGCUCAGUGGGUAAGAGCACCGUCUGCUCUUCCCAAGAUCCUGAGUUCAAAUCCCAGCAACUACAUGGUGGCUCACAACCACCCGUAAUGAGAUCUGACGCCC